UCAGACGCACGCGGGUUACGAAAAGAGUUACGAAAGUUGUUUCCAGUCACGCUGGAUAAUGUCAUGCAUCCCUCUUCCUUCCCCGCAGGUGCUGUAGAGAUCCACACCGAAGGCUCUGUGCGUAGGCUACAUUCAGAGGAAUGAUGUUGGGAUCAGUGGUUGUUGGUAUAGGCAUCGCAGGAUGUGUGAGAAUGAGAGACUUGCUCGCUCCUCUGCCGUCCAGCACUGCUGAGAAGUUCAGCAUCCGAGGCUUUGUGUCCAGGAGGACUCUUGAAGAUCAGCAGGGUGUGAAGCAGAUCUCUAUGACUGAGGCGUUGAGCAGAGAUGACAUCCAUGCAGCCUUCAUAUGCACUGAAAACACUAACCAUGAAGAGUACAUCAGGCAGUUUCUGGAGGCGGGGAAGCACGUGUGUGUCGAGUAUCCCAUGACCCUCAGCUACACGUCUGCAGUGGAUCUGUGGAAUCUGGCUCAGCAGAAGGGCCUGGUGCUACAUGAAGAACAUAUCGAACUCUUCACUCCUGACUUCAAACAGCUGAAAAAAGACAUAGCUGGGAAAACGCUGGAGGAGGGAACGCUGCACUUCAGAGGUGGAUCCCUGAAGCCAAAUUUUGGGUUCCCGUCUUUCAGUGGUAUUGCCAGACUGACCUGGUUGGUUGAUCUUUUCGGGGAGCUCACAGUUACUGCAGCAUCUCUGGUGGAGGAGAAAGAGAACAAAUACAUGAAGAUGACCGCACACUUACUGACCCGACAGCAGAAACCUCUAACUUGGAUUGAAGAGCGGGGUCCAGGACUGGGCAGAGCCAAACACAUACACCUUCGCUUCCAGGACGCCAGCAUCACGGAGCUUCCUGCAGGUCAGCGGGAGCCGGUGGGGCUGUUCAUGCAGGAUCUGGUGCUGUUCGGCCGGAAGCUGCAGGGUGAAGUGUCUGCUGCGGAGCUCCAGGAGGAGAGGAGCAGGAUCUUACACUGUCUGCAGCUGGCAGACCGCAUCCAACAGCUCAGUGAAAACACUCAGGCCUGAAGCUGAAGCUGUCCACACUGCAGGUUCACACCAUAACCCAUAUAGACUGUGGUGUAGAGACAGAGUAGAGUGGAAGAUAAUAUAAUUCAAUAUAUAGAUUCAUUUCCAUUUGAGUUUUUUUUUUAACAGUGAAAAUCAGUUUGCUAAUCAGUUGCUUUUUGUGGUAGCUUGUUACCGCAUAGGGGAAAAAAUUGCGACUUUUUAUUUCACAAUUCUGAGUCGGAUGAAAGUCUGAAUUGUGAGAUAAAAAGAUUUGGUACGUCUUUGUGUUUUUAUCCCAUGGUGGAAAUCAGCUUUCAUAGCUUUUCAGUUCUAAAAAGGACAACAACAAAAAA